AUGGCCACGCGGCCACCCGUCUUCUCCACUCUCACAACGUCCUUCUCCCCUUCCCCACCUCCUCUGCUACGCCGCCUCCAAACCCUAACCCGCGCGCUUGCGUCCUCCUCCCCGCAGCCCAUGGCGUCGUCUCCUCCCCUGAAGAAGGUGCUGGUGCCCAUCGCGAACGGGACGGAGCCGAUGGAAGCCGUAAUGACCAUCGACGUGCUGCGCCGCGCGGGGGCGGACGUCGCCGUCGCCUCCGUCGAGCCUGGGGCCGCGCAGGUCGCCGCAUCCUGGGGCGUCAAGCUUGCCGCCGACGCGCUCCUCGCCGACCUAGCCGAAGCUGAUUUUGACCUUAUCUCGCUUCCUGGAGGGAUGCCUGGGGCUUCCACCUUUGGAGACUGCAAAAUUUUGGAGAAUAUAGUUAAAAAACAUGCAGAGAAGGGCAAGCUUUAUGCUGCAGUAUGUGCUGCACCAGCUGUGGCGCUGGGAGCUUGGGGUUUGCUCAAUGGAUUAAAGGCAACUUGUCAUCCUUCAGUCAUGGACAAACUUCCUUCAGAGGUGCAAGCCGUAGAAUCAAGGGUACAGAUUGAUGGGAAUUGUGUGACUAGCCGUGGACCAGGAACAACCAUGGAGUAUUCUGUUGUUUUGGUUGAACAACUGUAUGGCAAAGAAAAGGCCGAUGAAGUUGCUGGGCCAAUGGUUAUGCGUCCCCAGCAUGGCGCGGAGUUUUCAAUGAAGGAGCUGAAUUCGACUAGUUGGAAUGCUGGUGAAAAUCCUCAAAUUCUCGUACCAAUUGCUAAUGGCACGGAGGAGAUGGAGGCAGUUAUGAUCAUUGACAUUCUUCGGAGAGCGAAAGCAAAUGUUGUCGUUGCAUCUUUGGAAGGCACUUUGGAGAUUGUUGCAUCCAGGAAUGUGAAGAUGGUUGCUAAUGUGCUGUUGGAUGAUGCGCUUAAGCAGCAGUACGAUCUCAUUUUGUUACCUGGUGGUCUUGGUGGUGCCCAAGCAUAUGCCAAAUCAGAUAAACUGAUUGGUUUCAUAAAGAAGCAAGCGGAGGCAAACAAACUCACGGACCAAAGCGAAUGCAAGAACAGAGUCGUUGUCGAUGGCAACCUGAUCACUAGCCAAGGUCCAGGCACUUCCAUGGAAUUCUCGCUUGCCAUCGUGGAGAAGCUCUUUGGCAGGGAAAGGGCCCUCGAGCUGGCCAAAUCAAUGGUUUUCGUGUGA